AUGGCUGCCGAGUUAGGGCAACAGACGGUGGAGCUCUCCACGCUCGUCACACGUGCCGCGCACGAUUCCUACUCCUCUCUCAAAGAACUCGUCGAUAAAUGUAGGUCAUCUGAAUUAUCCGACACCGACAAGAAGAUUAGCAUACUCAAAUUCCUCAGCAAGACUCAGCAGCGCAUGAUCCGACUCAAUGUCCUCUCCAAGUGGUGCCAGCAGGUUCCUUUGAUACAGCACUGUCAGCAACUGGCUUCCACUGUUUCCAAUCAUGACAUGUGUUUCACACAGGCUGCGGAUUCCUUAUUCUUCAUGCAUGAGGGGCUUCAGCAGGCACGAGCUCCCGUUUACGAUGUUCCGUCCGCAAUUGAUAUUCUUCUCACUGGAAGUUACCAGCGCUUGCCGAAAUGUGUAGAGGAUGUGGGGACUCAGUAUGCUUUGACCGAGGAUCAGCAGAAACCUGCUUUGAAGAAAUUGGACACGCUAGUUCGAUCCAAAUUGCUUCAGGUCACGAUUCCCAAAGAGUUUUCUGAUAUUAAGAUUUCUGAUGGUACCGCAAUGCUUAGGGUGGAUGGGGAGUUUAAGGUUUUGAUAACGCUUGGGUACAGAGGACAUUUGUCUUUGUGGAGGAUAUUGCAUUUGGAGCUGCUUGUUGGGGAGAAAAAUAAGCCUGUGAAGUUGGAGGAAAUGAGACGACACUUGCUUGGAGAUGAUUUGGAGAGGCGAAUGGCAGCGGCAGAGAAUCCAUUUUCCGUGUUGUACUCAGUUCUUCAUGAGCUUUGUGUUGCACUUGUCAUGGACACGGUGAUAAGGCAAGUGCAGCUUCUUAGACAGGGGAGGUGGAAGGAUGCUAUUCGGUUUGAGCUCAUAUCUGAGGGUCAUGGAGCGAGUUCUAGUUCUGUGCAGAACCCAGAUGGGGAAUCUGAUUUAUCUUCCCUGCGAACUCCUGGGUUGAAAAUUGUGUACUGGUUGGAUUUUGAUAAGAAUGCUAGUGUGUCCGAAUCGGGUACAUGCCCAUUUAUUAAAAUUGAACCUGGGUCAGAUCUUCAGAUAAAGUGUCUCCACAGCAGCUUUGUCAUAGAUCCUUCGACAGGCAAAGAGGCAGAGUUUGUUUUGGAACAGAGUUGUAUUGAUGUUGAGAGGUUGCUGUUGAGAGCUAUUUGUUGCAACAGAUAUACUCGCCUGCUCGAAAUUAAAAGAGAACUGGUGAAAAAUGUUCAGGUCUGUCGAACUGCAGACGAUGUUGUGCUCCAGUCCCGAAUUGGUGAAUCUGAUAUUGAAUAUAAGCAGAAGGAUGAUAAGUGCCACAGCAAGGACUCUGAGGGACACGAGGUGUUGUGUGUGCGUGCCUAUGGUUCUUCCUUUUUUACUCUUGGGAUUAAUAUCAGGAAUGGCCGUUUUCUUCUUCAAUCUUCACAGAACAUAGUGCUUUCUUCCGCCUUAUUAGAAUGUGAAGAAGCUUUGAAUCAGGGAUCUAUGACUGCAGCUGAGGUCUUCAUAAGCCUGAGAAGCAAAAGUAUAUUACACUUAUUUGCAUCUAUUGGAAGGGUUUUAGGCCUUGAGGUAUAUGAGCAUGGGUUCAAUAUAGUUAAAAUACCCAAGGAUGUUUCAAAUGGUUCAGCUAUGCUAUUGAUGGGAUUUCCAGACUGUGGAAGCUCUUACUUCCUGCUGAUGCAACUUGAUAAGGAUUUUAAACCCUUGUUUAAGUUGUUAGAGACUCAGCCUGACCAAUCUGGAACAGAUAAUUUAUCUGGUGGUGACCUUAAUCAGGUGUUUCGGGUCAAGAAAAUUGAUGUAGGACAAUUGCAGGUUCAUGAAGAUGAAAUGAAUUUAAGCCUGGUUGACUGGGGAAAAUUACAUUCCAUUCUGCCCAGCGCUGUUUGUCCAAAUCAAACAUCUGGACAUGAGUUCUUUUCAGAUAUUAGCCUUGAGAAAUCCAUACAGACCGCAAGGGGUCAUCCAUCAGGCUUUUCAUCACUUGUUGAUGAGGUUUUUGGACUUGAGAAAGGGUCUUCAGUGCCUCCAUUAUCUGUUCAAAAUCUUCCUUCUUCCGGGAAUUCAUCCCUUCCUUCUCAAUAUGGUUCUAUCCCCUUGAAUAUUCAUGGUUUAAAGGCUGGAAGCCUUUCGCCUAAGUGGGAAGGAGGAAUGCAGAUGGCACAGGCUAAUAAUCUAACAAAAGCUUCUGGUGCUACUAACCACUAUAGUGGUUCCUUGUUUUCAUCCGGCAGUGUGAAGGGCCCAGUUCAGUCCAGUUCCCUUGGCUCCAUACCAACUGGACAAGUAAGGAACACUGCUGGGAAAAAGCUGUCUGCUUCCAAGUCUGAACAGGAUUUAGCGUCUCUGAAAUCUCCACAUUCAGUUGACAUUAGUUCCUCUGCUACAAUGGAUGAAGAGCAGCUAAGAGUGUUGACUGACAACUCUAAUGAUGCUUUAUCAGGAAGUCGAUCAUCUCGACUAUUAUCUCCUCCACGACCAACUGGCUCUCGAAUGUCCAUACCUAAUUCCAGACCUAAUGGACCUCAAGUUGAAUCAUUUAAGGCUGCCGGAUGUAGUUCAUCUGCUGCAACUCCCGUAUCCCAAACACUAGAAUCCACAGUUAGUUAUAGCACAGGUGAAGAAGAUUUUACCUCCAAAAGUGAUAAGAAAUCCAGAAAACGAACAGCUUUAGAUAUGUUGACCCUGAUUCCAUCUCUUCAAGGUGUUGAAAACAACCAAGGAAUCUGCAAGAGAAGAAAAGUUUCAAAUUCAUCUGGGUGUCAACUGUCUUUGCCACAGGGUGCCAUGUCCACUGAAAUAAUACCCAAAACCAAUGGAUACAGUUAUGGAAGUUUAAUUGCUGAAGUGAAUAAGGGGACUGUUCCGUCCAGCAUUUACAUUGCUGCUCUUCUUCAUGUGGUCAGGCAUUGUUCACUUUGCAUUAAGCAUGCUAGACUAACCAGCCAGAUGGAUGCAUUAGACAUCUCAUAUGUUGAAGAAGUGGGUUUGAGAAGUGGAUCAUCUAACAUUUGGUUUCGACUUCCUCUUGCUAGAGGUGACUCAUGGCAACAUAUAUGUUUGCGACUUGGAAGACCUGGUUGCAUGUAUUGGGAUGUUAAAAUAAAUGAUCAACACUUCAGGGAUUUAUGGGAGCUUCAGAAAGGGAGCAAUAAUACACCAUGGGGUUCAGGUGUUAGAAUUGCUAAUACAUCUGACAUAGAUUCACAUAUACAUUAUGAUCCAGAUGGUGUUGUUUUGAGUUAUCAAUCUGUGGAGGUAGAUAGUAUAAAGAAAUUAGUGGCUGAUAUCCAGAGGCUUGCCAAUGCAAGAACGUUUGCCCUUGGCAUGAGGAAAUUGCUUGGCGUGAGAGCCGAGGAGAAGUCAGAUGAGCUUGUUACAAGUACUGACACCAAAACACCAAGUGCCAAGGUUGUGUCAGAUACCGCAGACAAACUGUCUGAGCAGAUGAGAAGGGCAUUUAGAAUUGAGGCAGUAGGAUUGAUGAGCUUGUGGUUUAGCUUUGGUUCAAGUGUCCUUGCUCGUUUUGUUGUUGAAUGGGAAUCUGGUAAAGAGGGUUGCACAAUGCAUGUAUCUCCGGAUCAACUUUGGCCUCAUACCAAGUUUCUGGAAGAUUUCAUAAAUGGAGCUGAAGUUUCAUCACUUUUGGAUUGCAUUCGACUGACUGCAGGGCCAUUGCAUGCUCUGGCAGCUGCAACCAGGCCAGCUAGAGCUGGUCCUGUUCCUGGGGUUGCAGCUGCCCUAUCUUCUAUCCCUAAACAGUCUGGUGGUUAUAUAUCGUCACAGGGACUUCUGCUUGGGAAUUCAACAACUAAUGUUAGUCAGCCUGCAUCUGGUCCUGGGGCAAACACCGUCAUGACUACUGCUAAUGGUCUCACUAACCAGACCCUUUCGAUGUUAGCUGCUGCUGGGCGUGGUGCCCAGGGCAUUGUUCCUAGUUCACUUUUGCCCAUUGAUGUCUCUGUUGUGCUCCGCGGUCCAUAUUGGAUACGAAUCAUGUACAGGAAACAGUUUGCAGUUGACAUGCGUUGCUUUGCAGGAGAUCAGGUUUGGUUACAGCCUGCAACACCUCCUAAAGAGGGUCGUCUUUCAGGAGGGUCAUUGCCAUGUCCCCAGUUUCGGCCUUUUAUCAUGGAACAUGUUGCCCAAGAAUUGAAUGGAUUGGAUCCUAGUUUCACUGGACAACAGGCAGGUGGACUGGCAAAUUCAAAUAAUCCGAACCCUGGUUCAGGAUCCCAGAUGAUAGCUGCAAAUGGAAAUAGAAUAAACCUGCCAAUUUCGGCUGCAAUGUCUAGGACAGGAAAUCAAGUAGCUAGUUUAAACCGUGUGGGAAAUGCCUUAGCAGGCUCUUCAAACUUAGCUUUGAUGACAUCACCUGUUUCUCUACGGAGGCCACCUGGAGCGGUUGUCCCAGCACAUGUCAGAGGUGAGCUGAACACAGCUAUUAUUGGUCUUGGUGAUGAUGGUGGAUAUGGAGGUGGUUGGGUUCCUCUCGUUGCUCUUAAGAAGGUUUUGAGAGGCAUUCUCAAGUAUCUUGGAGUGUUGUGGCUUUUUGCCCAGUUACCUGAUCUUUUGAAAGAGAUAUUGGGAUCUAUUUUGAAGGAAAAUGAAGGUGCACUUUUGAAUUUGGACCCUGAGCAGCCUGCCUUGCGCUUUUUUGUUGGAGGAUACGUAUUUGCUGUUAGUGUCCACAGAGUUCAGCUUCUACUUCAGGUAUUAAGUGUAAAACGCUUUCACCAACAACAACAGCAGCAACAACAGCCAAAUUCAAAUCCUGCACCAGAGGAAUUAAGUCAAUCUGAAAUAAGUGAAAUAUGUGACUACUUCAGCCGUCGGGUUGCAUCAGAACCCUAUGAUGCUUCUCGUGUUGCAUCAUUCAUAACUAUGCUCACUUUACCUGUAUCAGUACUGAGGGAAUUCUUGAAAUUAAUUGCUUGGAAAAAAGGAUUAUCGCAGGCACAAGUGGGAGAUGUUGUUUCUGCUCAAAAACCACGAAUUGAGUUAUGUCUUGAAAAUCAUUCUGGGUUGAACGUGGAUGAGAACUCUGAGAGCUCAUCUGCAUUCAGAAGCAACAUCCAUUAUGAUCGUGUUCAUAAUUCUGUUGAUUUUGCGCUUACUGUUGUUCUUGAUUCUUCUCACAUUCCACAUGUCAAUGCUGCUGGUGGUGCUGCAUGGUUGCCUUACUGUGUUUCGGUAAGAUUGAGAUAUUCAUUUGGUGAAAGUCCUAAUGUAUCAUUCAUUGGCAUGAAUGGUAGCCAUGGUGGUAGGGCCUGUUGGUUGCGUGUUGAUGAUUGGGAAAAAUGCAAACAGAGGGUGGCACGAACCGUGGAGGUCAAUGGGAGCUCAGCAGCAGAUGUAAGUCAAGGUAGGUUGAAAUUAGUUGCGGAUAGUGUGCAAAGAAACCUGCAUAUGUGCAUUCAAGGGCUGAGAGAUGGUAGUGGGGUCACAGCUAGCUCUGGAGCAACGUGA